AUGGCAAGCAAUAUUCCUGCUGGUUUAAAGUCUGCUGACAUCGGGCGUUUUGCCGUUCGGGCAGCCCAGAUCGAACGGGCAAAGCCUGUCAUUGCAUAUUGGUGCAACUUCUGGAUUGUGAAUCAGAUUAUCGAACGAGGUCUUCAUUCUACCGAUGAUGAAAUCAAACUCUAUACGACGACCCUCGUGGACAAGCUGGAACAAUUCAAAAGCGAAAAUAACGAUAAUGAUACUGUGAUGGAUAAUGUUGCUGCGAGUGCCUACGUGGAGCAGUUUGGUCAGGAAGUCUUCAAUCGCGCGGAGGCAACCAUGAAGGCCAACAAGGUUACCAGGCAAACGGCAGAUACAUUCCAAGCAGCAGCUACGUUUCUCGAGCUUUGUAAUAUCUGGGGCCCACCGGACCCUGAAGUCGCGGCGAAAAUCAAGUUCGCAAAGUACCAUGCGUUGAGAAUUGCCAAGGCGAUCAAGGCUGGAGAAGACCCCAACGAUUCGAAUCCGGUCAUACAAGAGGAAGAGAAGGGAGAAUUCGAUCCGGAUGCGCAGAUUAUUGAUGAAGCUGCUUUGCGGCAGCCGUCGGUGGAGGAUGUUCCCGAUGAAAAUGACAGCCUUCAACGACGGUUGGCGCAACAGUCGGCUUUUGAUGAAUCGCUGCAUCCUUCAAGAGCAUCUUCUAUUCCCCCGCAACCUCCUGCCGCUUCUGUGCGCAAUACGGCGCCUUCACCUGGUCAAAAUAUGGAUAUCGACACCGAGCAGGGCCCGGCGCUGAAUCUCCCGUCGGCGCCAGAAACAAUUGGAUCUCUCUCUACACAAAUCCCAGAUCUUCCUGAUACGCCCGCCAAUCUGGGCGUGCCUCGUUCCUCGAAUCCUUAUGAAUCCUUCCAAUCUUUUCCUCCGCCAUCAGCGCAGCCUCCCAGCCCACCAGCUGCCUCAAAUGACCCGAGCUCCUUUUAUAAUCAGCCUAGUGCCAGCGUACCUUUCGCACAACCUCCAAAACCUGCUCCUGUUGUACAGCCGACGCCUCAACCUGCCCGUGUACCUGUGGCUCCCCCAGCCCCAGCCCCGGCAUAUGGCGGACCGUCGAAUUCGCAACCGCUUGACGACAACACGAUUGCUCUGGCCCAGAAGCACGCCCGUUGGGCCGUUUCUGCAUUGACAUUUGAUGAUGUCAACACAGCAAUCAAGGAACUUAAAAAUUCAUUGCGCCACCUUGGUGCGGAGUGA